CGAGUGAUGCCAGGCACUCUGAGUGGUUUUCCCCUUGCUAGUGGCAGCCACCUGUCAGUGGUGACUGACAGGAAACCGUUCAGGCCACAACUGACAGCUGCACGAGGGAAUGCCUCCCUCUCACAAGCAAAUUCCAACGGACGCACAUGUCCGACACAAGAGCUUAGAUUCCACAGUGAUCCACAUCCUCCGCCAUGGCCAGUCACUGCACAACAUAGAAAGGGGCUAUCCCCACCGAGACCCGCCUCUCACCGAGUUAGGCGAGGCACAAGCCAGGGCCGUGCAGCUGCCCGCGGCGCCGGACCUCAUCAUCAUAUCUCCGAUGACGCGCGCGAUCCAGACGGCGCUCCUCGUGUUCGGCACAGCGGCAGAGGAGACCCCGCCCGACAUCCCCCGGCACGCCCAGUCCCAAAACCCGGUGUCGGUGCCGGUGCCGGUGCAGGUGUGGCCGGACCUGCGCGAGACGCACGACCACGCCACGUGCAACAAGGGCCUGGGGCGCGCCGCGCUGGCCGCGCGCUUUCCGGGGCUCGAUUUCUCGCUCUGCGGCCCCGAGUGGGACGAGGCCUAUUACCCCGCGCACAGCGCCGCGCGCGCCGAGGCCCGCGCCGAGCGCGUGCGCAGCCGCCUCUGCGCUCUGGCGCGCUCUGGGCUGUACGAGAAUAUCGUGCUUGUUACGCACCGCGGCUUCGUCGCGUUUCUGGUCCCCGGCGCGAGGUUCGGGCUCUGUGAAUCUCGCCGGUACCGGUUCGCUACGGAGAGCGAGGCGGAGAGGGAGAGAUUCGGUGUCAACGUUGACUCGGACGAGGCGCAAGACUUUGGUCCUACGGUGCUGGUGCCGUGCGAAGACUUGGGCCAGCCUGCACUGUGAGGGUGCACGGUCUCGUUGUAUCAGGAUUGAAAUCAACGCGAUCACUAGAACAAGCAAGAGGAACUGGAUCCAUGCUCCUUGGGGGCUUUUCAUAAAGACCGAGU